UGCGUUUCUAUUAAUUUUGUUUUUUUGAAUUAUUGUCAUUUGUUUGACCUUUUUUUUUUGCAUAUUUAUAAACAUCACAAACAGAAGAGUGAAAAAAACCAUAUUUGGAUUCGUUUGUCAUUUUCGUAUUUCGUUUGUCAUUAUUUUCAACGAGCAAAUUUUCAUUAAAAAUGUCCAAUAAUAAAAUCUAUGAUGUUAUUGUAAUUGGUGGUGGUAUCAGUGGUCUUAGCGCAGCUAAAUUACUUAGCACCAAAUAUAAGGAUUUAGAUGUUGCCGUACUUGAAGCACGUGAUCGUUUAGGUGGCCGUACAUUUACCGUACAGAAUCCGAAUGUUAAAUGGGUCGAUCUUGGCGGUGCAUAUGUUGGUCGUGGUCAAAAUCAUUUAUUACGAAUGAUUAAAGAAUAUAAUUUAAAAUUAUAUAAUGUUAAUGAAGUGGAAAAUCUUGUGUUUUAUAAUCAAAAAAAAAAUCAACGAUAUUUAUUUCGUUUUGAUGAAAUACCAAAUAUGGGUUUAUUGGCACGAUUAGAUUUUUAUUAUAUAAUGAGAUUAAUGGAUGAAAUGGGCGAACAGAUACCUGCUGAUGAACCAUGGAAAUCAAAAAAUGCUGAACAAUGGGAUCAAAUGACAUUCAAAGAAUUUAUUGAAAAAAAUGUUUGGUCAAAAGAUAUACAAAAUUUUAUGCGUAUUUUUAUUUGUACAUGUGUUACAAAUGAAAUGUAUGAAUCAUCAUUAUUAUGGUUUCUUUGGUAUAUAAAACAAUGUGGUGGUACUAGAUCAAUAUUUUCAACAACAUAUGGUGGACAAGAAUUUAAAGUUCAUGGUGGUACAAAUCAGAUUUCCGAUUGUAUGGCUAAAAGUAUUGGUCUUGAUCGUGUUCAUCUUGAACAACCGGUACAUUAUCUGGAACAACGUGCUGAUCAUGUUCUACUAAGAACAGUUGCUGGUCAUGAAUUUCGUGCACGUUAUAUUAUAAUGGCAAUAGCACCAAUAUUACAACAAAAAAUUCAUUAUCAACCAUCAUUACCACCGAUGCGUAAUCAAUUAAUACAACGUGCACCAAUGGGUUCAGUACUAAAAUGUAUUGUUUAUUAUCGUAAACGUUUCUGGGUUGAUCAUAAUAUGUGUGGAAGUUUAGUUAUUUUUGGUGAAAAUGAUAUUGAAUGUCCAAUAACAUAUACAUUGGAUGAUUCAAAACCAGAUGGAACAAAUCCAGCAAUUAUUGGAUUUAUGCCAGCUGAUCGUGCAAGAAAAUUACUUGAAUUAACUAAAGAAGAACGUUUAAAUUUGAUUUGUAAAUGUUAUGCUAAAGGAUUUGAUUGUGAUGAUGCACUUGAACCAGUUCAUUAUGAAGAACAAAAUUGGAUGGCCGAACAAUAUUCUGGUGGUUGUUAUACAAUGGUAUGUGCACCUGGAUUUCUAACCCGUUAUGGACCAUAUCUACGUCGACCGAUUGGUCGUAUUUAUUUUGCCGGUACCGAAACAGGAUGGGAUUGGUCAGGCUAUAUGAACGGUGCUAUACAAUCGGGUGAACGUGCUGCACGUGAAAUUCUUGCCGAUAUGGGACGAAUAUCACCAUUAGAAAUUGAUAUACCUGAACCUGUAUCAAAAGAAUAUCCACCGGUAAUUAUUCCAUCUACAUGGAUUGAACGUAAUGGACCAUCAGCACGUUCAUUUAUAACCGGUGCUUCAUUAACAACAAUUGCCACUACAAUGUUUAUCGUUUAUUUUGGUUGGAAACGAUGGGAAUUUUAUCGUUAUUGGAAUCAAUAUAUAUCGGCGUAUAUUAUUGAAUUUUAAAAUAUUUAAAAAUUUUAUUUCAAUG